UCAGAACACUGGUGCGUCACAGAGGAGCACACACUGAAACCCAUUUUUAUGGAAACUCCAUAUCACAGAAACAGCCAUGUUUGCUAACUCGUCUGUGGUAGGCAGUCGGCCCAUGGACAUGAAUGCUGUCUCAGUGUGGGUGAGUGUGACCCUCCAGGUUGUCACUGUGGUCCUGGGGAUCGGUGGAAACUCAGCAGUGAUCUACAUCGCUGCACUCCAAAUCAAGACCAAAGUCACAAAUGUGUGGCUGGUGAACCUGGCCAUAGCAGACCUGAUCUUCUGCUUCACCAGGACCAUCAUGAUCAUACAACUCAACUCCAGCCAUUGGCCUUUUGGCUCCUUUGUCUGCAAAUUCAACGGUUUCUUCAAAUACACCAACAUGUUCUGCUCGGUGUUCCUUCUGGCUGUGAUCAGUCUGGACAGAGCUCUCUGUGUUCAGAGACCACUUUUUAUCAAAACAAAACGCACUCUUUUUGUGGCCCGAGCAGUUGCUGUGUGUGUGUGGGCUCUCGCUAUCAUUCUCAGUAUCCCUUAUUUUAUACAUCGCCAAAUGUACCUGGACACUAACAACAAAACUAAGUGCUCCCUUAACGACGAGAAGGGGACGAGUGCCAGAUUCUACCUGUACUGGCUUCGGUUUAUGUGUGGCUUCCUUUUGCCUUUUGUGGUCAUUCUUGUGUGUUAUAUUCUGACCGGUUUAGGAAUCAAACGUACACAUAUCCCCAGGAAAUUGCGCUCCUUGAAGAUCUUGGUGAUUCUGGUCAUCGCUUUCUUCCUGUGCUGGGCUCCGUACCACUGUCUCCAGCUUUUCAAAAUGACUGACAGAUAUACGCAGGUCUUGAAGCCUUGGCAGCGCAUCACCAGUGCCAUAGGGUACUUCAACAGCUGUGUGAACCCAAUACUGUAUUACUGUUUGGGGGCGGAGCUGGGGGGACGAUUUAGGCACUGUAUGAACAACAACGGCCUGCAUCAUAGAGGAAGAAACCAGGCAAGGGAAAUGGGCCUUUUCCAAUAAAGACAAAAACUAUCACUGACCCACAUAUAUGAGGUCUUAUGAAGUUUAUGAGCAGCAAUCAAUGGACUUCAAAACACCACAAAGGACUAAGAUUUUCAUGUUUUGAGUUUUCUUGGUUUGAGGGUCUUUAAGCAGCAGCAGCUUAUGCAGAAGCAGCACUCACAAUCAAAACCUUUAUUGUUGUUACCCGAAAUUCAGUGUGCAGUGACAAUACAGACAACAGACUAUUUGAACAUAACAUUAAGGCACAGAGGACACUGCUGAUUUAAGAAAUCAACAAACAGCAACCAGAUAGACAAUAUUCUUUGAGAUCUCAGGGCUUUCUGUACAAGUGUUCACAGAAACUGAUGUGUGCUUUUCAGUAUUCUGCAUCGACAUCCAGGAAUCAUUUACAAAAGGACUGGAAACUAAAAGAACUGGUUUCCAUAGGCCAGUUUAAAUGAAUGCUGAAACAUUUGAAAAUGAAAUCUACGGUUUGUAACAAAUUCUUGUGAUUGUUUAAAUGUAUGAUGAUGUACAGCUUGAUCUGUCGGGGCCAGGACUCCCUUGACUUUUCUGGUUAAA